CAGCAGGUCGCAGUUUAGGGUUGGAGGUGCUUUGGGGAGGUGUUCUUGCUGUUAGAGAACGGAGUCCUUAGAAAGCUAGUACACGCCCCAGAUCUGGGGGGCCGUUUAGGUGCAAAGUUACCUGGCUCUUGCAUUUGUUUGAGGGAGAGUAGUGGGCAGCUGUCGAUCGGGAGCUGUUGACUCUCUGAAGUUUUACAUUUUAUUAUAUAUUUUCUAUUCCCUUCCUUGUCAAAGGGGGUAGUGAGAAAUACAGAGAAAAUACACCAGAAGGGUUUGGGAGUUUUUUCCCUCGUUUGCCUUAUGGCACAAGGCUGUUUUCUGUGAUUGUAUUGAGGUGCCCCUGUGAGUGCACAUUUCCCCUCCCUCUGCCCCCCCCUCCUUUUGGUAUUGCUGUGGCUCGACUUGGCCAUGGAGGUGCUGGAAAGCGGGGAGCCGAACCUGUUGCACUGGGAUCGAAAGCUGAGCGAGCUGUCGGAACCGGUGGACUCCGAUGCCCUGCUCUACAGCACGCACUUCACCGAGCUCCUCGAUGAGUUCUCCCAGGAUGUUUUGGGGCAGCUCUUGAAUGACCCUUUUAUGUCGGACAAAAACGAGAUGAUGGAAGUGGAGCUGUCGCCGGCUUCUCCUGCUCCCCUCAUCCAAGCAGAGCACAGCUACUCGCUUUGUGGCGACUCUCGGCCCCAAUCCCCACUCACCCACAUUUCCGCCGAUGAUAACUUCAAUGAAGCUGAUUUGGAAAAUGACGACUGGUGUCUAGGUUCAGAGUUGUCUUCAGCAACCAUAAAGACUGAACCUGUUGUGGCGGAUACACCAGGUCUUGCUCCCUCGGUCAGCCUCACUGCCACACCGAGCCCUACAAACCUGGAGGUGGAAGAGCCUCAGCUGCAAGAUGAUAGCAUGACUAAGCCGUUGAGUCACAACAUUCUCCCGGAGAUCAAAUUAGAGCCCCAUGAAGUGGAUCAGUUCCUGAACCUUUCUUCCAAGGAAGCCGUGGAUACCCUGCACAUGCCUCCAACCCCUCCCAGCAGCCAUGGAAGUGAUUCAGAGGGUGGACAGAGCCCAGCCAGGUCCCUCCCACCAUCGAGUCCCACACAGUUGCAAGCCACGGUUAAAGUGACAUCGCGCACGGCUUCAGCACUUACCAAUUCCCCUCUCUUAACAGCACCACAUAAACUGCAAGGCACAGGUCCCCUGAUCUUGACAGAAGAGGAGAAGAGAACACUGAUAGCAGAAGGGUAUCCUAUCCCUACGAAACUUCCCCUCACAAAAGCAGAAGAGAAAGCAUUGAAGAAGAUCCGCAGGAAAAUCAAGAACAAGAUCUCUGCCCAGGAGAGCAGAAGGAAAAAGAAGGAAUACAUGGACAGCCUGGAGAAAAGGGUGGAGUCCUGCUCAAACGAGAACAGUGAGCUUCGCAAGAAAGUAGAAGUUCUGGAGAACACAAACAGAACACUCCUGCAGCAAUUACAGAGGCUCCAAGCCAUGGUGGCUGGCAAAGUGUCGCGGUCAUGUAAAGCGGCUAGCACGCAAACAGGGACCUGUCUCAUGGUGGUGGUAUUAUGCUUCGCAGUUAUUUUUGGCAGCUUCUCCCAAAGUUAUGGGCCUACGUCCUCCAUCACAAAGACAGUGCUGCCAUCCCAGCAUUCCAUGCCAGAGUCGUACACAGCCUCUAUAGUGAGGUCAAGGAGCCUGCUGACUUAUGAGGGGCCUCCUCACCCGCUGGAGGAACAGCCCUUUUCAGAUCGCAGCAACGGCUGGGACCGGCACCUGGAUGCCUCCAAACAUUCAGCCCUGUCUUUGGAACCUGUGUCCAGGUCACAGCAUGACCAAGUCACAGAGAUCACGAUAGCCAAUGAAACGAGGCUAGAGAAGUCAGUGCUAGUGGAGUUGCAGCAGCACAGAGUCAACUCAGAGCUGGAUGCAAAUGAAACAUUAAAGAUCGUCGAAAUUGACAGAAGAGUUAAUGCUACAUCUUAAAAGAGAAAAAUAAAAGAUUCCCCCCC